CCUGAUUGACGCCUCCCCGUGACAGCCAGCGACUGUCAGCGGAUGCACUAACAUCCCCCCAACCUACUGUACCUGCUCAGCAGCUCAGUGACUUGACAACAAUCCCAAACCUCCACGCCAAACAUGGAACGCCAAAACAACAAACAAAACAAACCAAACACUCACAAGACACUCAACAAGCACCGCACCAGCAAGACGUCUAACCACUUGAGACCACUUGAAACCGGUAAACCUCUCACAAAUUCUCUCACAACUACGCGAUUGAGCGAACAAACACCCAAAGCGACGUAGCAAUGGCAAGCCACCGCAACACCAUCUUCGGCACGCAAAUCAGCAGCGGAGCCGGAGCCGGGGCCGGGCACGGUGGUGGUGGUGGUGGUGGCUACGGCGGAGGCAGGCAGUCCAUGGCUCCCGGCGCUUCGUCGACUUCUGGACAGAGUGGUGCGGCGGUUAAGGCUAGGCAGAUUUCCCAACUCCACGCCCAACUAACCCAACUAUCCAAUAACCUCGCCGACACCGAGAACCUCUUGCGCAUGACCAGCGUGCAGGCUGAGUGCAUGAGGGGGUUGGGGAGUUGGCAUGGUGGAUUGUUCAUGGCAGCAAGUAAAGUUCUGGGAGAAGAGAGCGUCCAGAGCGUGCAGGCUCAGCAGGUGCAGGUUGAGCAGCAGCAGCAACAGGGUGGUGGUCAAGGUGGGCAGGGUGGACAGCAGCAGAGGUGAGGGUGUGUGAAAGUGAUUGAGGGAUGUUGUGGUCAAGUUGGAUUGGGAACAUUUGGUUUGGGUCGGCGAGAGUGUCUAUGGGAGCAAGCAAGCUGGAGCAAGCUGGAGGAAGAGGUGAGAGCAAGCACGGGGAUAGUUGAGUUACGCGUAGGAGGGAAAUGAAAUGAUACCAUGUCACGUUCACGGAUAAUCAGGU